UGGUCAUCUCCUGUACUAUGUCCGCAGUCUCUGGUCAUCUCCUGUACUGUGUCCGCAGUCUCUGGUCAUCUCCUGUCCUGUGUCCGCAGUCUCUGGUCAUCUCCUGUACUGUGUCCGCAGUCUCUGGUCAUCUCCUGUACUGUGUCCGCAGUCUCUGGUCAUCUCCUGUACUGUGUCCGCAGUCUCUGGUCAUCUCCUGUACUGUGUCCGCAGUCACUGGUCAUCUCCUGUACUGUGUCCGCAGUCACUGGUCAUCUCCUGUACUAUAUGUCCGCAGUCUCUGGUCAUGUCCUGUACUAUGUCCGCAGUCUCUUUGGUCAUCUCCUGUACUGUGUCCGCAGUCUCUGGUCAUCUCCUUUACUCCGCAGUCUCUGGUCAUCUCCUGUACUAUGUCCGCAGUCUCUGGUCAUCUCCUGUACUGUGUCCGCAGUCUCUGGUCAUCUCCUGUACUGUGUCCGCAGUCUCUGGUCAUCUCCUUGUACUAUGUCCGCAGCCUCUGG